CUUGCAGAAAACACGCCAAAUACCCUUGUACGGGUAUUUGGUACGAUAGCGGGCUAUGAAUGUGACGUUCCAGAACUUCGUCAACAAGAUGCGGCUAACUCAGGGGAUGAUUAACUUCUGUGUCAUCGUAUACAUGGACGACAUCCUGGUCUACUUGGAGACCUAUCACCGACAUGCACAACACAUUGAGUGGACGCAGGGAGCUCUGAGAGAUGCUGGGUUCAAGAUCUCGCUCGAGAAUAGCGAAUUUCUCCUCUCAGAAAUCUCGUUUUUGGGCUACGUGGUGACACGCAGAGGACUGCGGCCAGAUUCGAGAAAGGUCGCGGCGGUGAAAGACGCCCCUAUUCCCAUGUCACUGACGCAGGUUCGAGCUUUCUUGGGACUAGCGUCAUACUACCGUCGCUUCAUCAAGGGCUUCGCCGCGAUUGCACGGCCUCUAACAAACUUACUACGAAAGGACCAGCCCCUCAGUUGGGACGCAGAGUGCGAACAAGCCUUCACCACCCUCAAGGAUGCCCUUACUACCACGCCUAUUUUGAUCAGGCCAGACCCUACGAAGCAGUUCAUUCUCAUCACGGACUGGCAGCCGGAGGCGAUUUUCGCUAUUCUAACGCAGAAGGGGAACGACGACCGUGAACACGUCAUCGAGUCUGCGUCUCGCACAGUCCCAGACAAACGGAGAAACGAUUCGGCCCCGCAAGGCGAGUGUUACGCCGUGGUCUGGGGAAUUCAGCACUUCCAUCCGUAUCUUUACGGACAAAAGUUUCUUCUGGUGAUUGAUCAUGAGCCGCUGCUAGCGCUGAAGAGGCUCACUAAUUAUACGGGUAUGAUUGGGCGAUGGGCGGUGCGCCUACAGGAGUACGAUUUCGACAUCAUCUAUCGAAAGACAGAGAGGCACGACAACGCGGACAGACUGACACGUCUGCAUCGACCAGCUAAGCUUGUCGACGACCUCCCCCUCGACAUCAUAUCGCCGUGUGACGAGAGCCCAGUGCCCCACGUCCUUUCACGAAGAUUAACGUCGUACUUACAGUGGUCAACCUGCCUGGAGGAUCGAACGGGAGGAGGCAGCAACCCAUCACGCGCGGAGUACCUGAACCCCCGAGGGAUCAUCGACAUCCUCUUCUUUUCGCCCCGAACAACGGUAGAGGAAAGAGUCGUGGCAGAGGAAGCAGAAGUGGAAGACGAGAGCGAGGAGGAAACCUCGGAGGAAGCAGGGAGCUACAGCGAAUACAGCGAGGAAGAAUCGGGGGAAGAAGAAGAAGAAGAAGAAGAAGAUCAGUUGGAGGAAGAGGAGGAAUCUGAGUGGGAAACUCUGGGUGAAGAGGCGGAUCGCACAGAAACUCAGGAGGAGGAUCCCGAGGUGGCACGAAGGAGAGAGGAGAUCGCGGCCGGGAAGCAGCCGUUGAAGUUCGAGAGUGGUGCGGAUCUGCCGAUCUCGAACGACCCCGGGCCGACCGAGGAUCCCGAGCCGCCCCAGAACGACGAUGGGGACCCUACUACCGAGGCUUCGAGCACAUCGGCGCGCAGGCGACAGAGCCGAUCCCGAUCCCCAUCUCCCCGUCCCCCAGUUCGAGCACGUGUCGAUGCGGGGCAUCGGGCUUCGUCCCCGAUGGCGAUGGAGGCGGCGUCCAUGCAAGACGCUCUUGUUGCCGCUGGCUUUGGAGAGGAGGGUGCUGCACUAGAGAUUGUGCAGAUGUACAAGCAACAGAUGGAGGAAAUCUAUACUACGCUUAUCCAGCAUCGACACAAUCUACCGACGGAUCUUCUCGACGAGGGUGAGGAGCUGGUAGGUGGUUGGGAGGAGGACCUCUAUGCAGAUCUUCCAUCUCAACGGCUUGGCGUGAUCGAAAAUGAACAGGUGAUGGCGGAAUUGGGUGUUUGUGCUGAAAUGAUGAAGAAAGUAAAGGGAAUCUUCGAUGAACUUAGGGAGGGGUUGUAUGGGGGUGCAAGGUGCGAUGAUGUGGAAAAGUGUUGCUGCGCGGGGCCUGAGGAGGGGCAGGUGUUGCGCACUGCGAUGCAGGAUUGAUCGUGGGAAGUGGAGGUCCUGAUUCGUCGUGGGGGGCUUGAGGAGGGGCGGGGKCCUUGCGGCGAACUGUUGGAGAGUGACAACGACGCAAGCACGAUCG